AAAUAGCGACCGCUAACAAUGAAUGUGCACUCAGGUGUGGCUUUCUUAAGGGAGGUAAAGGCAAGGAGAGGCGUAACAGCAACCAUAACAGUCUUAUACAGGCAACAUGGAGGGAGCGAUUGCCAUAUUCCUCUUUCUUGCGGCUUCUCUGCCCAGUUGUGAUGGGCAGAGUUCAUGCAACUACAACAAGAUCACUAAUUGCACCAACAAACUCACCGUGGACGUAUUCAGCAACUUGAAUGACAACACUAUGGUCUGCAGGUCCUACUACCAAUACCAGCAGUGCGUCUACAGCGAACCCGGAUGCGAUGCGUCGACAAUUAUUGCUGACCUGAAGAGUCAGAUGUUGAGAAGUAACGUGAACUUUCAGGAGAGAUGUGAGGGUGGAGCAACCACAAGGACUCCUCCAAUGAUACCAACAACUCCGUGGCCUAUGGGGUCAACACCUCGUGGCACGUGGCGACCAACAAGUUGGGCUCCUCCAAUGGCAACACGAUACAACAUGGAGUGCGACGUAAAUGCCAUCAGGAUGUGCAGCAACAAUCUACAGAGAGAAUAUGCUGCUGGGAAGAGGUGUGACGCUGCCCGUGACUUUGUGGCGUGUCUGAACAGACUGGUAUCGUGCAUGCAGAACCCGGCAUUUACCCAGGCAAGGAUGGAACUAGAGGGUCUCGGUCUUCGGGAAAUGUGUGGGGAUGUUAUGCCCCCAGUAACAGCAGCAGCAGCCAGUCUCGUGUCCGUGAUGACAUCACUUCCCUUUGCUUUGAUGGUUUACCUGUGGAUCUGAGCAUUGGAACAUGGGGCCAUCUCCUGUGUUUCAGCUUCUACAAAUCUAGAAGCAGUUCCCGUUUUGAAACCAACAAAAGUUUAAAUCAUUUAUUAAAUCUAAUAUUCCUCGUCACUGUUCUGACCUGAGUUCAUCAAAAGUUCCGGAAAGCUUUAUUUACAUCUAUUUCAUAACUAUAUGGAAUCAUUGUUUCAAUUUAUUAUUUUAAUUGUUGCAUUUUGUUCUAUUGUCCUCCAUAAUGUCAGACAUAAAUACAAGGGGAUUGCUCAAUCCAAGAUUCCGAUAUGACCAAUAAUCAGAUGUAUAUGUUUCAUACAUUGUCUCCUAGUGUAGCAGCUUAUAUGUUCGCGUAUACUCUAAUCUACAUGUUUAUGUUACUGUGCUUGCCCCUCGCUAGUUUGGAAACAUCGAUAAAAUUGGUAGUCAUCUGUGAACACCGGUAGAUACAUAAGCAACCUACAUACUACAGCGGCACCUCGGGAACUCGAACACUCGAUACAUAAAAUGUACAUUGUUAGGCGAAGGAGAUAUAUUAUCGGCUCUGUGAUCUAACACUGGAACCACGUUUGUCUGGAACUAAGGAUAACUCUUCGACUGUGCCCUGGAUUAAGAUUAAUCAAGUUAUAUUAUAAGAAUUUCUUAUGUGACGUUUUUCUUUUUCUCUGUUGUCUGUAAUGUUCUAAUUAAAUUAAAUGUGUUAUUUUUUUUAUUUUUAUCCUCAAAGUGCACCUAUUUGCAUAUGACUAAUAUAUUUUUUUAAGAAAAUAAAAUUAUCUCGAUCACAUCCAAA